UUAACCUUUUAAAAUCUAUCCGCGCAUUCUGGGAUAAAGCGCGUAUAUUUUCAGUGUUAUUUGUUUUUAUAUGUGUAGACCAUAUCUUGCAGAUGGUCAAACUUACAGAUACUUCCGCGUGAGAUUUGAUUUGAUUUGAUUUGAUGGCAGUAAGGUUUGAAGCCAUGAUUGUUUGUUUUCAUUAUUCAUGUCAGGUAAUUGAUUUACCAUAACAAAAAAUUAUAAUCAUCACAGAGAAAAGACAAUGUCUUUAUCACGCAAAACAACAGGAUUGCAAUCAUCAUGAAACAAGGAAGGGAAUUAAUCUUAUACUAUAUAGACGAUAAUUGAAGAUGCUGUAAAUAAGAAUACCUGGACUAAGAACACUGUGAUGCCAGUAAUGCUAUUCAAUGAAGUGUUGAUAAACAGGAGCCGGUCAUGAACACGUGCCAUGGCUAGAAAACUCGAGCGAGGAUAGAGCAGAAGUACAGUGCCAUGGAGGAUGCCCAGUCCAGACCCCAUUCAUCCCACUCCACAUACUCACAGACGACCGAGGAUGCAGCCUCCGCCUUGGGAAACCAUGCCGAACAUCACCUUACUGUCAGUCAGACAGUUCUGGUGGUUCCGAAGCGCUCAGAGAGCCCCAAUCCGAGUAUGACCGAAGAGAAGACUUAUGUCCCUCGACCGGUGUCUUCAGUUGACGCUUGUACUAACACAGACCCUCCGUACGAAUGCUGCCCACGGCUGCGCAGACUGUGCCCAUGUCCACCCAGAGGCCUGCUGGCCACCAUUAUCACCAAAGUGUCCAUGGCCGCAGUGCUCUUUGGGGUUGUUUGGUCCAUUACAGAGAAGGAAUGUCUUCCUGGCGGGAACCUCUUUGGCAUCGUAACCUUGUUUAUUUGUUCUGUAGCCGGGGGAAAACUAUUUGGACGCAUACACUUCCCAAACAUGCCACCUUUACCUCCACUACUUGGCAUGCUGCUGGCAGGGUUUAUCCUCAGAAACAUCCCUGUGGUGACAGAUGCAGUUUACAUUGAUGUUAGAUGGUCUGCUUCUCUGAGAAACAUUGCACUGGGUGUCAUUCUGGUCAAGGCUGGGCUGGAAUUAGACGGAAAGGCUCUGAAGAAGCUCAAAAGCGUGUGUUUUCGUUUGUCCAUGUUCCCUCUCACCUGCGAGGCAACCACUAUGGCUGUGGUCUCCUAUUUAAUAUUGGGUCUUCCAUGGAUCUGGGGCUUUAUUUUAGGGUUUGUUCUUGGGGCCGUUUCUCCUGCUGUUGUGGUUCCGUCUAUGCUGCUUCUGCAUAAGCAAGGGUACGGUUUAGAGCAGGGUAUACCUACUCUACUCAUGGCUGCAUGCAGCGUUGAUGACAUCUUUGCUAUUACCUGCUUCACCACCUGCUUGGGUAUAGCUUUUGCCACAGGCAGUGUGUGGUUAAAUCUGCUGAGGGGACCGCUGGAGGUAUUAGGUGGUGCGGUCACUGGUGUGGCCUUAGGGUACUUUCUACAUUACUUCCCCAGCAGAGACCAGGGAAACCUUGUGCUGAAGCGUUCCUUCCUGGUGUUGGGUCUGGCCGUGUUUGCUUUGUUUGGCAGUAAUGUGGCCGGGGUUCCUGGUGCAGGAGGACUCUGUACGCUAGUUCUGACAUUUGUGGCUGCAAUGGGCUGGGGCAAAGCUAAGGCUCCAGUGGAAGCGGUGGUGGAGAGGUUUUGGCAGGUGUUCCAGCCUCUUCUCUUUGGUCUCAUCGGUGCUGAGGUUAUCAUUACUUCUUUGGAGGUCACGACUGUGUUUCUGGGUAUAGCAGCCCUGUUCAUCGCACUCACGGUACGCCUGCUUAUCACUUUUGUUGUGGUACUGCGAGCCGGCUUUAACCUGAAAGAGAAAGUCUUCAUCGUUCUAGCCUGGAUGCCUAAAGCCACAGUACAGGCUGCCAUUGGCUCUACAGCUCUGGAUAUGGCGCGCUCUAAGAAUGACCUUGAGCUGCAGAGGUAUGGCAUGGACGUCCUCACUGUGGCUGUGCUGUCCAUUCUCAUCACCGCUCCUAUUGGAGCGCUCCUCAUCAGCCUGCUCGGCCCUCGACUCCUGCAGAAACCAAAGAACCCUGAGUGGGCUGUCAGUCAAGGUGCUUUGUCUGCAUCGGGGACCCCGGUGACGUAUGAGAGUGCCCUGUGAUGUUUCUGGAAUGCUUCUGGGAAGUGACAACCCGACGUCCAAGGCUGCUGCUGCUGAUCCUUUUUGUCUUCAAAGCGGAUUCUCAAACUCGUUAUUAUUGCGACCCUCUGAAGUCAGACUGCAAAAGACAUGCUUUUCAGAUGAAGGAACCCAACUAUCAAUUUUUUUACCUUCCAAGGUGGAUGAAAACACUUAAAUCACUCGCAAAAUUGCUUUUACAGGUGAUAAGUAAUUAUUCUCCUCUAAAAGGUGGGAUUUUGAAGGAUCGAACACUAUAAGGAUCAUUGUUAGCACUAUCAAGUACAAAAACAUGUUUAUGAAUAUUAUUUUUUUCUAACUGGCUUAUGUUUGUGUUGAUAGUAUUUGUUACAUUAGAUAUAUUACAGAUGAGUCUGCAGUGACUGCAUAUCAGUGUUACAAAAAGUUGUGUAGUGGUCAGUGCGGUCAUGACUAUGUUCGGAAUGGAAUACUAGCUUACUAUUUACUAAGCACUGUGCAGUAUACACUGUAUACAGCCUUCUAUAUUUUUAUAUUUAUAUUCACAGCUUGUCUAUAAUACAAUGAAAUUUAAUAUGUCAAAGUCCUUGAAGCCUUUACAGCAGGGGUGCCCUAACUCAGUCCUGGAGGGCCGGUGUCCUGCAGAGUUUAGCUCCAACCCCAAUCAGACACACCUGGACCAACUAAUCAAGCUCUUACUAGGCAUACUAGAAACAUAGCGGCAAGUUGGAUCUAAACUCUGCAGAACACCGGCCCUCCAGGACCGAGUUUGGGCAACCCUGCUAGAGAAACCCCAUGUCAGUUUUAUUAUAUGAUUCAAGUAUAAUGUGUAAAAACGUUCUUAAAGUAUAUGUAUAUUGAGCUUACACUUUAAGUGCCGUGAACUAAAAAGACAGGAAAAUGACAACACUGAUUGACUGAUGCAUCAAAAGCCUUCACAAGUGACUAUCCUGAGCUGUGACGUAAAAGCAUUAAAACUACUUAAUUGCUAAGUAAUUUCAUGCUUUUAAUAGCCCUGAACCAAACAAUUGGACACAGAGAAAUGUUCACUAUUAUGCAUGCCUAUUUCUUAAAAAAUAAAAAAAUAAUUUAAAAAAUAACAUUCUGAUCAAACAACAAGGCUAGAAAAAGAGGUUUCUUUCAAUUUAUCCAUCAAGUUGAGUACAUUGCAGGAUAGAGUAUUUCAUGCAAGAGUUACAUUUUGGCAAAUGUAGUCGUUAUCCAAGUAUUCUAGGCAUAUUAUAUACUGCAGCAAUAGUAUGGUAAUAACUAUUCCGAAAACAGUCAUGGAUCUGUAUUUUGAGAUUAAUCAGAGUUUUUACAGGUAUUUUGUCAGCUCUGUUAUACAUAAUCAAAUACUGCUGUAAAAAUUCUGUGGUCACUUCAGAGCUCAGUUGCAUUUUGUGUUUACAUCGGAAGUAAUUUUUAGAACGUAAAGAACGUUUUUUUGUUAGUAGUAAUAGAAUGGCAAAUGGUAAAUUUGCUCGGCAUUGCACAGUUCAUCGUGUUACUCCGUGAACUAUAUUUAUAUGAAUUUUUUUCUCCAUGGUUUUGAUAAAAUGUGUAUUUUAAUGUUAUGCAGAGUCAUGUGAAAGGGCAUUGUCGAUAUAACUUGUUUUGUGAAUGCUGUUAGUGGGUAAUGUUUACUGCUUCAAAAUGACAAGGUUUUGUGUUGUGGUUUUGUUAUGGUAAUGCUACAUGCAGUCACUGUUAAUUUAAGUAAUUAAAUGACUACAUUUAAGACCUUAUUUUUAUAUUGUCAUCUUUAUAUAACGACUUUAUUUCUGUGGUGUAUGUGUAGUUCAUUUGUAGAUGUAUUGCUGCAGAAAAUGAAUGACAUUUGCCUUUUCAGUAAAUGAGAGA